UACCUAACAUAUAUGGAUUAUAUAGACAUAGAGAUCUCCACCUAGAAGAACCUACCUCAUUCCUUCUUCUCCUUCUCCCACACCCUUUUAUAUUCACUCUCACACCCUCCAAUUCUUCACCAACCACCAUAAUUUCUUCACCAACUUCCCCUCUUCCUCUCAAAAUGAGCAUGGAGGUGCAGCAGAUUCGAAGGUUCAACUCAAUGGAACGCAGGCCCAGAAUGCUGAAGGACUUCCUCAGCGACAACCCAAACUCUUCAUGCUCCUCAAGCGGCUUCAAAUCACUCCCCAGAAAACAACCAAACGCCGUCGUCACAACAGGAACUGAACUCAAUUCCUCAAAAUCCACCUUCCAAACACUGCUUAACACCAUCACCAGCUUCUCCUUCUUCACCGCGGCGAGAAACUCGUCGCCCUCUGUCCUCUCUCUCCCUCGGAGCCUCUCUCGCAAGCUCAGUAGAAGGAGAAAAAGCCGCCAAGCACGAACAGUGAAAAUCAAGGACAUCAUACGGUGGAAAUCGUUCCGGGACGUAGCGGAGGAGGAGGAAAACCUCCACCUCCACCGCCGUUCUUCUCUUCCUACACCGCCACCGCCGCCGUUGGAUUUUCACCGUUGCGCGACGGAAUCUACCACCACAGUAACCACCACUUGCAGUAGUAGUAGCUGUGGCUCUAGCUGGAGUGACGGUGAUUUUUUUACAUCUUUGUGGGAAGCGCAAAACUACGACGCCGAAGGCGGUAAAAAUUCUUGGUUUUCACCUAAUGUUGUCGGCAAGGGUUUGGUGCCACCGUACGCGGCGGUUGUGGGGGCCAAGGAAGAUUUAACUUCCCAAGAAGAUGAACAACAUAGUCCAGUAUCAGUUCUUCAUGUUGGAGCAGAUGAAUUUUCAUCCUUUGAUCAAAGUCUUGCCAAUAUUAAAAGGAGAAAACAAAAGUUUAUCCAAACUGUUGAGAAAUUUGAAAGUCUUGCAAAAUUUGACCAGUGUCUCUUGUUGGAUGAGAACUCUGGCUAUGAUGAAGAACAUGAAGAAGAUGAUAAUGAUGAUUAUGAAGCCCAAAAAGUUGAAGAGCAAGAUUGGGUUGAGGAAAGGGCACAGCAGCUACUACUUAGUGUUAGAGCAACAACUAAAAGUUCACCAGUGCAGAGCUGUAAAGACUAUUUGGAUAGAGUUCUCUUGGAUUUCUUCAGGGAAGGACUAGCUGGAAGUAGUAACCAAAAUAGGAGGAAUGGUGAGGAGUUUGAGUGGGAGAUGUUGAGAAUAGCUGAGGUUUGGAUAAAUGGAUCAUUUGCUGAUGAUGAUAUAGAGCAUGUUAAUAAGGAUGCUUAUAUCAAAGGCAUGGAUAGGAGAAGUAGAUGGAGUGGUUUUGGUGAGGAGAAAGAAGAGUUGGCUUUGCAAAUUGAGGCAGCUAUAUGGCAUAGUUUGGUUGCUGAUCUUGAAGAUCUGAAUUGCUAAAUGGUUUCUCCUUUCCAUCUUCAGACCAAGUUCUUGAAGAUCUCUAGGCCUUUUGCCACUCUUAAACCGAAAUGUUCUGGCCUGCUUACAAUGAGACACUGAAAGCCCAAGAAUCAGAAAAUAGGUCUCUUGCAUCAGCCACUGAGAUUUGAGACUUAAAUGUUUUUUGGACACAGUCUAAAUAACACUCAUUAGAGCUUAUGUACUAGAAAAAACACAGGAUAAGCUCUAAUAAGUGUUAUUUGGUCUUCAUCCAAACAGACUCCUACUUACCGUAGAAGAAACAGAGGAUCCUACUAACCAAGUUUAUAGAGAUGUCUUCCUAACUUCCUUGUGGCAACAAGGGACAAAAGUAUCAUAUUGGUGACUUAUGAAUUCUCUUGAUUCUUCAAUGAAGGGGUUGUAUUGUAAUGUGUACCUAAAUUUGAUGACUUAGGUGUUGGAGGGUAGUACUAGUAAGUCAAAUGAUGGAUCUCGAUCAAGGCAUGACUCAUGCCUAUUCUUGUUAAGGUACAGGUUCUUAAGGAAUUCUUUAAUUGAUUUGUAAUUGAUAUUUAAUCAGGUUUGCAAAACUAUAAGUGCACUUAUGAAUUCAAGUUUCAGAAGUAAAAAGAAUGUAUUUGAUAUUCUAGAAGGGGAUCCCCUAUCUCCUUAUCUUUUUAUUC